AUGUCGUCUGCGCCCGCCCGCCUGCGCUCCCUCCUCGCCAGGCCUGGCUGUCACCUGAUGCCGUGCUGCUUCGACCCGCUCUCGGCGCGGCUCGUCGAGGCGAGCGGCUUCCCCGUCACCUUUGCGAGCGGCUUCUCCGUGGCUGCGGCGCACGGCCUCCCAGACACGGGGCUGCUCUCGUACGGCGAGAUGGAGCACGCAAUGCGCCGCAUCACCGGCUCGCUCAAAGCCGUGCCGUGCAUUGGCGACGGCGACACCGGCUAUGGCAACGCG